AUGGCGCGGUGGAAGCGCCGGCUCCUGGCGGGGGACCUCCGGUACGGCCGCAGAACUGUGGAGGCGGUCGGCCCGCUUCUGGAUCAGUGGGUCGACGUGGCGAGGGGAAGGGUCACCUUCCAUGUGGCGCAGGUGGUCUCCGGGCACGGGUGCUUCGGGGACUACCUGUGCCGCAUAGGCAAAGAGGGCGGCGCUGGCUGCCACCAGUGCGGGGACGCGGCCGACUCGGCGCAGCACGCCUUGUCGGCGUGUCCCGCGCACAACGAGGCGAGGCGGGCGUUGGUGGAGACCAUUCGCCCGUCGGACCUCUCCCUGGGGGCGGUCGUGCGGGUCGCGACCGCCUCCCGGGAAAAUUGGAGGGCGUUCUCCUCCUUCUGCUCCGCGAUCAUGGAGCGGAGGGAGGCGGACGAGAGG